AAUCGAACAAGGACAUUUUCAAGCAAUAAUUACAAAACAAAACGUGACAGGGCAGUACUUGAAAUGCCGUACCAAGUAAAUAAUGAUAAAAAUGAUGGUAACAGUUGUGAUGGUCUACACGAUAUGCUGGCUACCAUACAAUCUUCUAUUGAUCCUGAGCGAGAGCAUAAGCGAGAGACUGAUGAUGUUCCUGUACUUUCCUUUGCACGGGCUGGCGAUGUCCCACGCCUGCUACAACCCCAUCAUCUACUGCUUCAUGAACACCCGUUUCAGGGACGGAUUGUACGCGUUGCUGCGCGUCCUGCCUGGUUUCAACCGGUGCGUAUCAAGAACACACUCCGGUGCCGGGUUUCCGCAUGCAGGUAAAAGUCAACGCCUGUCGGAGAUGCUCUGCUCAAUGCCUUCACGUCAAUUUAUACAUAUUUCUCGUACAAGUGAAAUCUACUACUAUAAUCAACCUCUGCGAAAGUGAAUAGCAGCUGUCUGUUUGAACUUUAAAAAUAUCUCUGUUC